ACAGUUUAUUUAAAUGGCACCUCCAAAGCCAAUUCCGCAAGGUCCGAGAAGCUUGUCAAACCCUCGCGAGACUAUGUACAUUUGGCAGACGAAAGUGUCAACAAGAUUGUAGAAUGGGUUGCACCGAGUAUACGUUAAUUAUUGCACCGAUGCAUCGCGUGUGCAGACGAAGCGGUCUCAAUGCACUCGUGCGUGUUUACGGAUAUCGGUGUGUGCACCUUGCGUGUACAGCGGGCUCGUGUGUUUCUCCGUGCACGGCUAGAACACUCGCGUGUGUUAAGCCCAUGAUUACAUAUUCGCAUUCACGCAUGCCUACGUGUUGCAAGAACUGCACUCGGCGAUUCAAGUCUUGCGAUUUUGGGUCGCGUCCAACAGUCGGAACGGAACUUUCGGACGGACAUAGUAUCGGCUUGCGAGCUUCGCUGGCGGUUUCGAAGCGCGGAUUUAACUCGGACAUGAGAUAUAUAGACCCUGCACGAUGCUUCGACCCGGUGGCAGCGAAACAGAGGAGCCAUUCUCUAGAUCAAACUCUCGCUACGCGAAACGGUAGCGCGGUCCAACAUGGCGGCUGAACCCGCAACAGGGGAACGAAGAGAAGAGCUGCGGAAAAUAUUUCUAUUAUGCUUUCUGUCCAAAUCGAGAAUUCUAUUAGGACCCUUGGGGACACGGUCUUCAUUUGUUCCACGAGAAAAGGGUUAAAAGGUUCCCGAGACCAUUGGUCCGUAUAGUCGCUUUUCCGAGUUGUCACCGUGCCAAUGGAUGUGUGCGAAUUCUCGAGACUGUUACAUAUAUCUCCUGGCAUGUGCGCCGCGCAACAAGAUAAGGACACACUUUAACCGUGUUAUCUAAUACGUUGUGUAAUGCACCGAUUGGCCAGUUUGCUACUUUGAUUUAUCCGAGUAUCUAAUAAAAUGCAAGUGACUGUCGGUUUCCAGAGAUCUCGUCGGUCGUCGAAGCUUGCGACUCGACUGGAAGGAAGGUCCAGACGUUCUGGGGUAAACGUGUAAAUUAUCCUGCAUAAUAAAUUGAGGAGUUACCUUGGAAUCCAAGAUUUAACAGACACAUAUAGUUUCCAAGAAAGUAUCAGAGGAAUAAUGGAGAACCCUGACGUGCAGAAGAAGAUUUUGCAGUUUGAGUCGUUUAUCAAUGACGUUCUGCGGGUUGACCUUGCAAAACUCGAAGCGAAAUUAAAUACUAAAAAUGAAGACGCCGCAGAGUUCUUACAACUCAAAAGCGUCAUUGAGUCUCUGCAGAAAAUGGGGGCAGAUAAGAAUGGAUUUAAAACAAAAGUAGAUAUUGGAAAUAAUUUUUUUGUACAGGCUCAUGUCGAGGACGCUUCAAAUAUCCUUUUAGAUGUUGGCUUAGGUCAUUUUGUUGAGUUAAACCUGCACGAAGCUCUGACAGUGAUUGGAGUUAGGUUGAAGCUACUCAAUCGACAGAUAGAGAAUCUUAGAAAGGAAGUUGCAAAAACAAAUGCACAUAUAAAAUUGAUUCUAAUAGGUAUUCAUGAUUUGCAAGGGGUCAAGGAGCCAUCGUAAAUGAGGGUCUUUAAAUCAAGCUUGAAUCGUAUAUGCAUCUUACAUCUUUUGCUCCUGUACAUGACUUUUCUGUAAAUAAAUUAACUGUUCGUAUGUGGGGUUACAUAUUAUUUAAAUCCUAUAGAAUUUAUCUCGAUUUGGUGUUUAUGGCAAACACGUAAACAUAUUUUCUCUUUGGUUAAUGCAUUUGUAAUCUCCAUUCAAACGAACCCUUGAGCAGGUCUUUUGUCUUCCUAUUAAGGAUACUUGUCCAGUUGUGUGCUGACCUUGUAAUCUACUUUAUGUAACUUAGGGUCCCUAUUAAAAGCAACCGACAAUGCAA